UUUCUAGCUAAAUAAGGUGUUUUAACUGUCAAUUUGACUUAUUGCGUUGUUUUAAAGAUUUCAACUACUUAGCCAUUUGCAUGUGAGGUGUCGCAGGUUGUAGGACGAAACAUAGACGAAGGAGAGGUGGAAUCCUUCAUGGAGGCCCUUCAAUCAGAAUUAAGUACUCCAAAUCCAACCGUAAUGAAAGCUGUGGAGAAACUUAGAGAGAAGGGAUUGAAGACAGCGAUCCUCACGAACAACUGGAGAUCUGCAGUUUGGGAUCAAGUACUGAUCCAGGAUCUACGAUCUAAAUUUGACGAAGUGGUCGAGUCUUGCGAGACAGGAAUGCGCAAACCCGAUGUUGAAAUUUACCGCCAUACUUUGGAGAAAUUAAAAAUGGCGGAAGGCGAUGUCGUCUUUCUUGAUGAUAUUGGUUCGAACAUAGUUGGAGCAGAACAGCUUGGAAUACAGUCCAUUAAGGUAAACGAUGUUGAGAACGCUAUAAUGGAGUUGCAGAAUAUUCUGGAACUUGACCUUGGUCUUCAGCCAGGAACCUCAAAAGUGAGACAGGGUAUGGAGCUAGAUACUGAAUCUUUAAAGAAAUAUCUUCUAACUCUAGGAUACAGCAAUGACUUGGAGAUAAGACAGUUCAGUCAUGGGCAGUCAAAUCCUACCUAUCUGUUAAAUAUUGGUGGGACCAAGCUAGUUCUACGAAAGAAGCCUCCUGGCAAGCUGCUGCCUGGAGCCCAUGCAGUUGAACGAGAGUUUCAGAAUAUUGGGAAAUUUAAUAGUUUAAUAUUAGAUGAGACUGUAAUAGGGACUCCCUUCUAUCUGAUGGAAUUUGUAGACGGAAAGAUAUAUAAGGAUCCCAGUUUACCAGAACUGUCUACAGACCAGAGAAGGAAGGUGUACACAGCAAUGAUUGAUGUGCUGGCCGCAAUCCACAAUGUUGAUGUAUUCAAGGCUGGUAUUGAAGGAUAUGGGAAACAUGAAGGUUACGUUGACCGUCAGAUCAAAACAUGGUCCAGACAAUACGAGUUCAGCAAAACAGAGGAUAUUGAAGCUAUGAAUAUACUAAUGGAAUGGCUGCCCAAGAAUAUCCCCUCUCAGACUCGGACACGUGUGGUUCAUGGAGACUUCAGAUUAGACAACAUCAUCUUCGACAAGGAAUUUGAUGAUUGCAGUAAAGUUUUGGCUAUACUGGACUGGGAGUUAUCUACUUUAGGGGAUCCUAUGACGGACAUAGCUUACAGUUGCCUGCCGUUUUAUUUCCCAGAAGACUCCGCGAUGCUAAGAGGUUUAGAGGGAGCUGAUCUGAACCUCCUUGGAAUACCAACUGAAGAGGAGUGUCUACAGGUUUAUCUGAAGAACACAAUGUCUGAACAAGGACUUGAUCCUUCCACCUGGAACUUCUAUUUAAGUUUCGGUCUCUUCCGUAUCUCUGCAAUCCUUCAAGGGGUUUAUAAACGCUCUCUACGGAACCAGGCAAGUGGAGUCAACGCCACUGCAGCUGGGGACUUGGCAAAAAGAUUUGCAAAUCUGAGUUUAAGCAUUGCUGGACGGACUAGUAACCUUCAAACUAACAGACAUUUUAGCUCACAGACAGCUACUUCUUCAAGAAGAUGUUUUAGUAGUUCUGCUUCACAAUGGUCAUCAGCAUCAGGAUCAUUCUCUGUAAAGGAAUCUGAGACCUGGACUGUGCAUCCCAAGAUUGAGAAGCUCAAAGCUAAAGCUAAAGCUGAAGGACUUUGGAAUCUGUUCCUUCCAGUCGAAGCAGAUCCUACGAUUAAAUAUGGUGCUGGUCUAACAAACCUUGAAUAUGCACAUAUUUGUGAAGUAAUGGGUCUUUCUGCCUUUGCUCCUGAGAUCUUUAACUGUAGUGCUCCUGACACUGGAAAUAUGGAGGUGCUUGUCAAGUAUGGCAGUAUUGAACAUAAAGAAAGAUGGUUAACCCCUUUGUUAGAAGGAAAAAUCAGAUCUUGUUUUGCUAUGACAGAACCAAAAGUUGCUUCUUCAGACGCAACCAACAUCCAAGCUUCAAUAGAGAGGGAUGGGGAUGAAUAUGUAAUCAACGGACAUAAAUGGUGGACAUCUGGAGCAAUGGAUCCAAGGACAGAACUAUGCGUAUUCAUGGGUAAAACAGAUUCCAGUGCUGCUCGGCAUAAACAGCAGUCAAUGAUUUUACUACCGUUCAAGUCUCCAGGAGUUAAAGUGCUCCGGCCUCUCAGUGUGUAUGGGACUAAAGACUCUCCUGGAGGUCAUGCCGAGGUAUUAUUUGAGAAUGUGCGGGUACCUACAGACAAUCUUCUUCUAGGGGAAGGAAGAGGCUUCGAAAUUGCUCAGGGCAGACUGGGACCUGGUAGAAUUCAUCAUUGCAUGCGUCUCAUUGGAAUGGCUGAAAGAUGUCAGGAAUUGAUGAUUGAGAGAGUUAAGACAAGAGUUGCAUUUGGUAGACCUUUAGUAGAGCAGGGAACCAUUCAACAAGAUAUAGCUCUGAACAGACUUGAGAUAGAACAGGCUAGACUCCUAACAUUAAAAGCUGCUCAUAUGAUGGAUACAGUGGGAAACAAGGUUGCUGCUCCUGAGAUAGCAAUGAUUAAGAUAGUAGCUCCAAGAAUGGUCCAAAAGGUUGCAGAUAGAGCAAUCCAGGCCCAUGGUGGAGCUGGAUUACACUCUGAUCUACCCCUUGCUACUUUCUUUGGCUGGGCCCGGGCUCUCAGGUUUGCUGACGGUCCAGACGAGGUUCAUCUUAGAUCCUUGGCCAGAUUUGAACUUGGGAAACAUAAAUAAAUUUUUUCCUUUAAUGGGACUGUAAGCGUCCCUGAUUCACAUCGGUACCCUUUAAACCUUUGAAUGAUUAAGGAUUGCACAUUUUUCCUGAUUUAACUACAGAAACCUUUGCAAUUGUAUAACACUUUGUUUGCAAGCUGUUUUAUAUUUGAGGGAAUUAAUAUUUACUUUCCAUAUAAAUAUUAACAUUCGAUUUUGAUAACAUAGUUAGAUAUAUUCUACAUUUUCCUGGAAUAAAUGUAACGUCAUACUUGUUAAGUACACUAAAAUUUUUAGGCCUUUUACACAGCAUUUAAUAUGUUUAUACACAGAAAUAUUUUGCUCGAUGAUAAGUAUUCAUUCAUUCAUAUUUAUAUUCAACUACAAAGCACGAGAUAAUACAAAUAACAAAUCACAAUUUACUAUGUA